GGUGUACAUAUGCACAGUUUUUCUUGUGACAGACGAACAGGAGCAUCAGUAGUAAAGGGUAAGAAAAGUUGCAAAGAUUCAGAACAAUGGACUCUCGCAGAUUUGGGAAAUACAUUGUGGAGCGGGAGGUGCUGGAUGAGCAGAGACUGGAAGAGAUAACGCAGAGAAAAUCUCACUCUGACAAUCAAUCUUCUCUAACUGAACGCCUAAAAGACUCCUUAAGAUGUACAGUACCCAAACUGAAACACAGCGUGAUGAGCAGCUUGCCGGUGUUGUACUGGCUGCCCAAAUACUCAGUCUGGGACUAUGGCAUGCCAGACCUCAUCUCCGGCAUCAGUGUGGGCAUAAUGCACCUGCCCCAAGGUUUGGCAUAUGCGAUGUUGGCUUCCGUACCUCCUGUAUUUGGGCUGUACUCGUCCCUCUAUCCAGCAUUGAUCUACUUCUUUUUUGGAACAUCACGUCAUAUCUCUAUCGGGACAUUUACUGUGCUCAGCAUCAUGGUAGGCAGUGUGACAGAGAGACUUGCUCCAGAUGUGAAUUUCCUCAUACAAAAUGGGACCAACGUCACUGCAGAGGUGAACAUACCUGCCAGGGACUCAUACAGGGUGCAGGUGGCGGUUGCUACUACGGUUUUAGGAGGACUAAUUCAGGUGGCUCUGGGUUUGGUCAAGUUUGGAUUUGUGGGAACGUAUUUGUCUGAGCCUCUGGUGCGGGCUUACACAACGGCUGCUUCAGCUCAUGCUGUGGUGGCACAACUGAAGUACAUCUUUGGAGUCUCACCAACACGGUUUAGUGGUCCCUUUUCAAUGGUGUAUACUCUGAAGGAUGUUUGCUCCUUGCUGCCUUACACUCAUCUUCCCACACUGGUGGUCAGCGCUGUGUCCAUGGUGUUUUUGAUUGCAGCGAAGGAGCUCAACUCUUUCAUCAGUCCAAAGCUGCCAGUGCCGAUCCCAGUGGAGCUCAUCACAAUUGUGGCGGGGACAUUGAUAUCAGCCUAUACCCACUUGAACAGAAACUACACUAUUUCAGUUGUUGGAGAAAUUCCUAGUGGUCUAAGUCCUCCAAGUGUUCCAGAUGCAAGUCUCUUUGGAGAGGUUAUUGGAGAUGCUUUUGCAUUGGCCAUGGUUGGAUAUGCCAUAUCUAUUUCACUUGGCAAAACAUUUGCACUGAAACAUGGAUACAAGGUUGAUAGCAACCAGGAGCUGGUGGCGCUGGGUCUCAGUAAUGCGGUGGGAGGAUUCUUCCAGUGCUUCUCCGUCUGCUCCUCUAUGUCUCGAAGUCUGAUUCAAGAAACCACCGGAGGGAAAACUCAAAUGGCCGCCGUUGCCUCGUCUCUAAUUGUGUUGGUGACUAUACUGAAACUUGGACCCUUGUUCCAGGAGCUGCCAAAGGCUGUCCUUGCAGCGAUUGUCUUUGUAAACCUAAAGGGCAUGUUCAAGCAGCACUCGGACAUUGUUACACUGUGGAAACGCAGCAAGAUCGAUCUGAUGGUGUGGUUGGUCACUUGGGUGUCAACACUGCUGCUCAAUCUGGAUCUGGGUCUGGCAGCAUCCAUCCUCUUUGCUCUGCUGACUGUCAUUUUCAGAACUCAGAUGCCAACAUACUCUGUUCUGGGAAAUGUUCCAGGUACAGAACUGUAUGUGGAUAUAGAGACCCACAGAGAGGCGAGAGAUGUUCCUGGUGUUACUAUAUUUCGCUCCUCAGCUACAGUUUAUUUUGCCAAUGCUGAUCUGUACAUCGAGGCUCUGAAAGAAAAGAGUGGGCUUGACAUCAGUAAAAUGAUUAUCUAUAAGAAGAGGCAGGAGGCCAAACAGAGACGUAGAGAAAGGAGGGCCGAGAGGCGGGAAAAAAGGCAAGCCAAAAAAGAGAGACGGGCAGCACAGAGGGCAGCUAAACAUCUAUCUGGAGCGCCGGUGUUCUCUGUGGAGGAAGAGGCCGGCAGCUGGAGAAACACCUGUGUGGACGGGGAUGUUACAGACAGAGAGCAGCAGGGCUGCACUGAGAGGGAGAACGGGACAGUGUUCAUCAUCCCAACUACUCCUCGAACCCCCGACAGAUGGGAGUACCUGAAGGGAGGAGAACCAGACUGCACCAGCUUAGGGUCCAUCUCCGAGCUGCAGGAGGGGGACACCACCACCCUGGACUCCAGCAGCGAUGACACGCUCAGCCGCGAUCUGGAGCGCAUCUCUCUUGGAUCACUGGGCAAGUGGAGCUGGGAUAUUCACUCAAUCAUUAUCGACCUCUCCACAGCUAACUUCAUUGACAUAGUGGCAAUCAAGACUAUCAAAAAUAUUAUCCAUGACUUCAGUGAGAUUGAUGUAGAUAUCUACAUUGCUUGUUGUCAAGCCCCUGUAGUGGAACAAUUAGAGCUUGGUGACUUCUUCUCUGAGACGAUUACAAAGAGAAGUCUUUUUGUCUCUGUUCAUGAUGCUGUGCUCUACUGUCUGAACCACCGCGGAGCCACAUCUAUCCCCAGAUACGAGCCAUCAGUGGAUACAUACGAUGGCACAAAACUUUAAGGGGUUUUAACCAGAGGACAUCCAGUGCUGAAGAUGUAAAAAAUGUCUCAACAUGGGGGGGCAGUCCAAAUAUUU